UGGACCAUCGCUAUAGCCACCGCGAGCUGCUGCUAGCGCUAAGGUCCGAUUUCUAUUAGCAGGAGAUCGUCGUCGCUGAGUCUUUUCAGUCAGCUACUUUGAAAACUUGGCGCCGCCACUUUUAAAGACAUUUACAUAUUUGUUUACGUACCAAGGAAGUGAUGUUUAGGACGAGUUAUAAAUUUUUUCGAGUGCACAAAAUUAUGACUUAGGAGAUGUUUUAGUGUUGUGAUGAACUAAGUUGGAUUUCACUUUUUUUUUUUAAUUUUUCUGUUGUUAGAACUUACGAGACUUAUACAAAGUGGCCAAGAUGAGAAUCAAAAUGCCAGCGGUGAGGAUCGCACAGGCAGACGCAGACGGUCAAGAUAGUCUGGGAGAUCUGAGCCACCAGGACAUCUUAACCUGUGGAGUUUGUCAAAAGCCGUUCGCCCUCUCGGACAUUGUCCGGUUUAUUCAGCAUAAGAUUCAGACGUGUAACAAGGAGAACUUUGGGCAAUGUUACAGUAGCCAAGAAAGGGAUAGGGAUAACGAUGAGGGUAGUUUGCCCUUAAGUAGUAUUAAUAGUAGAAGACCUAGCAUAUCAGCCCCUAUUAGUAGUAAGAAGUCUGUGGGUAGCAGAGUGCAUACUCCACCACCCGCUAGUCCAAGGCUGCCGAUUCCCAGUGACCUUUGUGUGGACGGGGCAGCAUCAUCGACGCCUAAACGGAGAGCAUCAUCUCCGUUGACCACCUCUACCAGCACCGAUGAUGGAGAAGAUCAUAAGCCGAUUAUUAAAGAGGAGAGAAUUGAUACCACAAGUUCCUCACCUGAGGAACAUUCACAUAAGAAGAGCAGAACGGAGGUGGCUGAUGCUGAGAGUAAUACUACGAACAGUGAGCCCAGCAACUACGUGUGCUCUACCUGCAAAGCCCGCCUACACUCGGCAUGGCGUCUAGUGCAACACGUGCAACACUCUCACGGAGUGAAAAUCUACGUGGAAUCCACCUCGGGCUCCUCGAAAAGCAGCAACUCCAUUAACAACCACUCUUCCGGAUCUACUUCAAGCAGUUCCUCAGGUUGCUCCUCCGGGGCUUCUGGUGCUCCCCCGCCAACACCCAACACAUUGCGGCAUCCAUUAUUACCCCCUCCAGACUUACAUAACCCCUUCGGAGUUGGUGGUUUACUACGCUUACCACUACCACCACUAAACCCUGGCAUGAAUCCCGCCAUGCCCCCGGCACCACUAUUUUCUCGGCCAGAUCACCAUUACCGCAUCGAUCAAUUGGUCAGUGAACAAUUUAGACACCACGGCUUAAACUUAGCUGCAGCGGCAGCAGCUGUAGCUGCUCAAGGAGUACCACAGCCGCACAGCUUUCCAUCGCCAGCUGCGGAUCGAGCUAGUUCAGUAACGAACUUACCACCAAGGGAUCGGAAUACACCCAAUCAACCCUUAUCACUGGAACCGCAACUGGAUUUUUACUCACAGCGGUUGAGAGCAUUAGCAGGAACAACAAGUCCUGGGGUAGCACAGGCGAGCUCCCCGAGCCCCAGGAAGCUCUCACCGCCUUUUACCAGUCCCUCGCCCUUGCAAGUGCCGCCAAACAAUCUUAGCUCUACUAGCAGCAAUGGUAAUCCCUUACACAAUAACAACAACAAUCACAGUUCGAGCAGUAGUCGUCCUCCAAGCACGUCACCGCCAAACAAAAGUUCUGGAGAUGAACAACUGGUAAACACUCCUAGAUCAGCAUCUACCCCACCGGGGAAACCUGGGUCACCAAGAAACUCUUCUUCGGCAGAUGUAGUACACUCAUGCGAGUACUGUGGUAAAAAAUUCAGAUACCUCAAUAACUUAGAGGUACACCGUAGAUCCCACACAGGAGAAUUACCUUAUAAAUGUACAGUUUGUGAUCAAGCGUAUGCAGGAAGCGGCAAACUAAAGCGCCAUAUGAAAGUUCAUAGAACUCCUGAAGACCGAACAAGCAAUGCUGGUUCCGUUGAAACCUUGGAUGGCGAAGAAAGUGAGGAGGAGGAUAUCGAUGAGGAAGAGGACGAAGAAGAAGAGGAGCUGGAAGCUGAAGAUGAAGAAGCGGAAGACUUAAGCGUUCAAAAUUCAAAAAACGUGCCUAACCAAGCUUCUCUUGUGGGCGAACUGAUGGACAAGUUUGGUUUAAGCAAUAUCGCCCAAUAUAGCGAAGCCUACAAACAGGCUUUACAAGAAAGCAAUUCUGCUCUAAAACUUCAGAUGCAAGCUAGCAAAGAUAGGGAUAAUAACAAUACCUCACUGGCCACGCAUUUAAAAAUCCGGGAAGAGUUCGCCAAAGGGUUGCUUAGUGGACCUCCACCGCAACCCUUACCACUAUUUCCUCCAUUUAACGAAACUUACGAGGCAACCAAACGACUUAAAAUGGAUUUGGAUAGAAACGAUUGGUGGCUGCCAGGACUAGGAAGGGAAAACAAGGGAGUGCCAGGACCGAGCUCUUUACUACCAAAUCAGUUACAACUGAAAAAAGAACAUCGGAGAAACGACACCUGUGAAUACUGUGGCAAAGUAUUUAAAAACUGCUCAAACCUUACGGUCCACAGGCGAUCACAUACCGGUGAAAAACCGUACAAAUGUGAAUUGUGUUCCUACGCGUGUGCCCAAAGUUCCAAACUUACCCGUCACAUGAAAACUCACGGCAGAAUCGGCAAGGACGUCUACAGGUGUAGAUUCUGCGAAAUGCCUUUCUCAGUACCAUCUACGUUAGAAAAGCAUAUGCGAAAAUGUGUGGUUAAUCAGGGUAAGGGACAUUUGUUAAGCAACAUGCCUAUGUUGAGCGGGGAUGAAGACUCUUCAACUUCGACGAGUAUCGCGUCCAAGGAGGCUGCUACAUGACUUUUUCCUUGGGGCGGUAUUCCGAGGUUUCCUGCCCCACCGCCGCCGAGUUUAACUUACUAGUCUUCGUUUUUUGUUCGAGGUUAUGUUAUUGUUGCAGUUUGAGGUUAGAUCGAUCGUGAGAAUGAGAGAAAUUGUUUAGGAGGAAGAAGCACUUAUAAUUGGACAUUUGGGUGUCUCUGUGAUGUAGAAAAAGUCCAGGAUUCUUAGUUGUUAGUAUACAAGGUGUUUUUACGUCUUGUAGCUUAAAAGAAUACCAAUUUAAAAGAUACGUAGUACAAGAUGGCUGAUUAUUAGGUGCUUUUUUACAUUAUAAUUUGGUUUAAACAUUUGCGAAUGCUAUUAUUGUAAGUAUAUCAUAUGAGUUAUAAUUAAAAAUACCGUUACGCUACUGGACAUCAUGCAUCCGCCUUUUUUUGUGUAUUUCAACUACUUCACACCAACCAAAGAAAAGCGAAGGCGAGACGCGAGACUGCCAUAGGCGUGGUGGUGAUUUAUAUUGGCAAAAAAUUAUUUAAUUUAUAUUUAUAACGAAGAAAUUGCAUUUUAUUAUAUUAUUGAGCUUUAGUACUCAGUAUUAUCUUAUAAACCAUAGUCCAUUUCAAAGUCUUUUUGGCAAGCAUUAUUUUUGUUAUUUAUAGAAUGUUAUUAACAGAUUGAAAAUAUGUAUAUCUUAAUGCCAUAUGAUAUUAUAUUAAAUGCAAUCAAUUUAAGAUCAAUAUUUACGUAAUAAAAAAUAUAAGUGUCUUUGAACAAAUAUUGCUUAAAAUCAUGCAGAUGGUCGAAAUAAAAUAAUUGAUAAAGUGACUAUUAAUAGAAGAUAUUAUACAUUUUAUUAAAGCAAGAACAUUUAUAGUAAAAGAUCCACAAAAACUGAUUCAUAUAUUACUAUUUUUGUUCAAUAUUAAAAUCUAUAAGUUGCUUAUUAAUAGAGAAUAUGCAUAAAACAUCUAAUUUUUAGCUAUCUUUUACAUGUUUAAUUACACAAAACCCAUCAAUGUAAAUGCCCCGAGCAUUCUCAGAAACUGCAUUAUGAAAAACCAGAAGUCGUUAGUUAUUUACCAGUUUUGUGAUACCUUUUUUUAAUCCUCUUUACGUAUUAUAAUUGUUAGAACCUAUUUGCGACUUCUGUUUUUUUUUUAAUUGUGAAUGCCCCGGACAUUUUGGAAGAAAACUGUUUGUUGUAUCUAUGUUGGUUGGAUCGAGUACCUUGGUUAGUAUAAUAGUGAAAAUGAAUGUCUCUUGACAGAACUCGAUCACCACGCCCACUAGUUGUAUUUUGUAAAAAAAAAACGAAAAUUUUUAGUGUAAAUUGUCGUAAAAGUCUCAAUUUAAUGAGGCAGUUGUUCUAUUUGUAACCGAUACCAAAGCAAUGAUUUUUAUUCGCUAUUAUUAUUAUUAUUAUAUUAUUAUUAUUAUUAUUGAAUAUUGAGUUUAUUCCUUUUGUAUCAUAAGUUUUUUGUUAAUUAAGACUGACUUGGGUUAAAUAAUGUUCGAAUUGCUCCUUCACUUAAAAAAAUCAAACGAUGUACUUAUUAUAAUUAUGGUAAAGUCAAUUCGAAUUUGUACAUUCCUUUCUAUCAUAUCAGUUCUUGGCCAGUAAGAUUUGUACUUGUACAUAUAGUAUUAUUUAUUUGUACUGCUUUGUAUAGUAUUAUUUUUUUCUAUAAUAUAUUGUGUAAAAAAAAUCGAUGUUAGGCAAAUUAGUAAGUGAUUUCAGGGUCUAAAAUAAACUGGUGUCUGUACUUGUGUAGUAUACGACUUUAAGUGUAUAAAUUGAAACAGUUUAGGGCUAAGGACCAGAGUUCAAAUGGUGGCCAGUUUAUUAUAAUAAUUUAAAUAUGCUGGUCAAAGUAUAUACUAUGAUCAGCAUAUAAUAGAUACCAUUAGAGACAAAAUAUAAUUUUUUUCGUCUUCGGUCGGAUCUCAAUAAAUAUCUUUGGCCCAAUAAAAAAAAAAUACUAAAAAUAAAUAAUUUUUUUAAAAUAUUUGUUGUUUCGAAUAAUAUUAUUUUUUCCUGUCGGAUAUAGGCGUAAGUGAACGAUGUUUGGUAGCACAGUAUCUGUAUGGGCUACACGAGAAAAUAUUUAAUAUAUAAAAGUGUUCCUAUAAGCUGAUUACCUAUUUCAGUGUGUAUUUAAAUAAAAUCUAUUACAAAUAUA